CAGAGCGAAUCACAGCUCUGCUAAUAUUCCAGGAGCUGCACUGCAGAGCGAAUCACAGCUCUGCUAAUAUCCUUCUGCAUAUAUUACCCAUCAGCCACCUGUGUGCUUGGUUGAAACAAAGUCUUGGUCUGGAUUUGUACCUUCUGGACCAGAACUUCCUACAUCUGUCUGUAAUGGAUUACUUUUAGUCAGACUGUGAUACACAGGAACUGGUCUCUUUACAGCCAUAAUCAUCUAAGCAAUGGCUCAUCAUUCCCAUGCAGAGACCCAGACCAUGCCCGCCGUCCUCUUGCUGCGUUCUCUGGAGGAGCUCACGGAAGAUGAGCUGAAGAAGUUUAAAUAUAACCUGAUUCACCUGGUGAAUGAAAAGUAUCAGCGCAUUCCCAGGGGUCAGCUGGAGAAAUUGGACAGAACAGACCUCGCCGACAAGAUGAUAACUUCCUACAGUGAAGCUGAUGCUCUUAGUCUCACGCUUGAAAUCCUGAGUCCCCAAGCAGGAAGUGAGCUGGGUGACAUAUUGGAGCAGAGUAAGAGCUGGAUGCUGUUCUGUAGUUUACACUUUGCUUUUAGCAAGCAAGCCCACUCCUCCUUUUUCUAUACU